CCUCAGGUCUGCAGAGGGAGAAGUCAGCAAGACACCGCCUUCCCCUUAGCGCCCUGACGAUUGGCUCAGGCGCUCUGUCAUUUAGCGCUCGGUGGGCGGGGCGAGCCCGGGGGCGGGGCCUAGGGGCCUAGCCGCGCGUUCUCGCCUGGGAAGGAGGCACAGGCUCGGCGCGCUGGAGGGCUGGGCGCGCGCAGCCGGCACGCGGGUGAAAGUCCUCGGAGGCGCGGCGGGCGGUGCCGAGGCUGAGUCGCUGCUGAGGGAACCGCGGCCCGCACCGCUCUCGCGUCUCCCGCCGUCGCGGUCCCCGCGACCUCGAGUCCCUGGGCUCCGAGAGAGACCCUCGGGUCCCCGCCGGCCCCUGUGGAGCGCGCCAUGGCCCCGCGCAAGAAUGCCAAAGGUGGAGGCAGCAACAGCAGCGGUAGCAGCGGCUCCGGCAGCAGCGGCUCGAGCACCGGCAGCAGCAGCGCCGGGGCUCGGAGAGAGACAAAACAUGGAGGACACAAGAAUGGCAGGAAAGGAGGACUCUCUGGCAGCUCCUUUUUCACCUGGUUUAUGGUCAUUGCCUUGCUGGGAGUCUGGACCUCAGUAGCCGUUGUUUGGUUUGAUCUGGUUGAUUAUGAAGAAGUUCUAGCCAAAGCAAAGGACUUCCGUUAUAACUUAUCAGAGGUACUUCAAGGAAAACUGGGAGUUUAUGAUGCUGAUGGUGAUGGAGAUUUUGAUGUUGAUGAUGCCAAAGUUUUAUUAGGCCUGACCAAAGAUGGCAGUAAUGAAAAUAUUGAUUCUCUUGAGGAAGUCCUUAAUAUUUUAGCAGAGGAAAGUUCAGAUUGGUUUUAUGGUUUCCUCUCAUUUCUCUAUGAUAUAAUGACUCCUUUUGAAAUGCUAGAAGAAGAAGAAGAAGAAGAAAGUGAAACUGCAGAUGGUGUUGAUGGCCUUAAAGAAAAAGCUGCUCCAGAGCCGAAUUUCCCAGCAGAGGAGGCCAAGCUGCACUCUGAGCCGCAGGACCAUGCUCCCGUGGGCACAGAACCCCAGAAUAUUGAAGAUGAAGUAAAGGAACAAAUUCAGUCUGUUCUUCAUGAAAUGGUACACCCGGAACAUGUUGAAGGAGAAAACUUGCAACAAGAAGAGGAAGGGCCAGCAGGAGAUCUGCAGCUGCAGGAUGAUGAUUUCCUUAUCACAUCUGAUGUUGAUGAUAGAUUUGAGAUCCUGGAACCUGAAACAGUUCAUGAAGGUAACACUGAGAAUAGUUAUCAUAUGGAAGAGACAGUUUUACAAGACCAUGAUCAGGAUGUGGAAGAGAUAAUAUACAACCAAGAAAACUCAGAUUCCAGUGAACCACUAGUCGAUCAUGAAAGAUUGUACCAAGAAGCAGAUGCUGUAACAUACCAAGACUAUGAUGAACAAGAUAAUGCUAUAGAAGAUACAAACAUGAUUUUAGAAGAAGUAAGCGUUCCCCCUAUGGAAGAACACCAGAAAGUACCACCAGAAACAAAUAGAAAAACAAGUGAUCCAGGACAAAAAGAGAAAGCUAAGAAAAAGAAGCCUAAACUUUUAAAUAAAUUUGAUAAAACUAUUAAGGCCGAACUUGAUGCUGCAGAAAAACUUCGUAAAAGGGGGAAAACAGAGGAAGCAAAGAAUGCAUUUGACGAACUGGUGCACAAAUACCCUCAGAGUCCACGAGCAAGAUACGGGAAAGCACAGUGUGAAGAUGAUUUAGCUGAGAAGAGGAAGAGCAAUGAGGUGCUUCGCAGGGCCAUCGAGACCUACCAAGAGGUGGCUAGCCUGCCCAAUGUCCCCAAUGACCUGCUGAAGCUGACUUUGAAACGGUGCUCAGAACGACAGCAGUUUCUGGGUCAUAUGAGAGGUUCCCUGCUUACCCUACAGAGACUGGUUCAACUGUUUCCGAGUGAUACCUCCUUAAAGAAUGACCUUGGAGUGGGCUAUCUCCUGAUAGGAGACAAUGCCAGUGCCAAGAAGGUGUAUGAAGAGGUUCUGAAUGUGACACCUAAUGAUGGCUUUGCCAAAGUACAUUACGGCUUCAUCCUGAAGGCACAGAACAAGAUUGCUGAAAGCAUCCCCUAUUUGAAGGAAGGCAUAGAGUCUGGGGAUCCAGGAACGGAUGACGGGCGAUUUUAUUUUCACUUGGGAGAUGCCAUGCAGAGGGUUGGGAAUAAGGAGGCGUAUAAGUGGUAUGAACUUGGCCACAAGAGAGGACAUUUUGCAUCUGUCUGGCAGCGCUCACUCUACAAUGUGAAUGGACUGAAAGCCCAACCAUGGUGGACCCCAAGUGAGACAGGCUACACGGAAUUAGUAAAGUUUUUAGAAAGAAACUGGAAGCUAAUUCGUGAUGAAGGUCUUGCAGUGAUGGAUAAAGCCAAAGGUCUUUUCCUGCCUGAAGAUGAAAACCUGAGGGAGAAAGGUGAUUGGAGCCAGUUUACACUAUGGCAACAAGGAAGAAAAAAUGAAAAUGCCUGUAAAGGAGCUCCUAAAACUUGCACUUUACUAGAAAAGUUCCCUGAGACAACAGGAUGUAGAAGAGGACAGAUCAAAUAUUCCGUCAUGCACCCUGGAACUCACGUGUGGCCACACACAGGACCCACCAACUGCAGGCUCCGAAUGCAUCUGGGCUUGGUGAUACCCCAAGAUGGCUGCAAGAUCCGAUGUGCCAAUGAGACCAAGAUGUGGGAAGAAGGCAAGGUGCUCAUCUUUGACGAUUCCUUCGAGCAUGAGGUGUGGCAGGAUGCCUCAUCUUUCCGGCUGAUAUUCAUCGUGGAUGUGUGGCACCCUGAGCUGACACCUCAACAGAGACGCAGCCUUCCUGCAAUUUAAGAGGAAUUCAUGUAGCCUUGGGACAUCCUGGAGAGAUGCUACCUUUCUGGAUCACUUUGGAUAUGGACACGGAGGUUCUUUCCAUGGCUCUUAAUUCAGUGACUUACAGGCUGAAAAACUCUGAGUUUCCUCCUAGAGUUAGACACUAAAUAGAACAUUUUACUUGCUGCUGUUCAUUUAGAAAAUACCCUGCCACAUCUCAUCCAUGACAGCAUUGACCGUAGCCUAUGUUUAAAGUGAACAUUUGGUAGCUUCUACUUUGCCAGCCAAAGGUAUUUUUACCAGGUAGAGUAGGUCUAAAUCAGUGUAUAAAGAGAAUAUUUGUAGAAACUGUGAAUGGAUUGCUUUAGUUUGUAAUUUUUCUAUAUGGUUAUAUUUUUCUACGGUACUUAAACUAUUUUGGCAUCGUGCACCAAUGCUUUUUUUAAUUGACUACAGUGGCAAGCUUUAAUUUUGAGCUGUUUAGUGGUAGCUCUCUGGCCAAUUUAGACUUCCUUCUCUUCUUUUUAGCAAAAAUUGUCAUAAAAAAGACAGUUUGUUUUCCUCAUACAAAAGAGGAAAAUUUAGUUAUGCCACUGUCUCUUAUCUGUGCAGAUCCGUACGCUUGAAUCUGCUUUUUUAUCUUCACUGAGUUCCAGUGUUAGCUUCUUUCACUAUGCAAAUGGUGAAGAUAAUUGUCAAAAUCUUAUUUCUUUCUGAGAAGGACAUUUUUAUAUAGAAAAAAGACAAAGAAUCAUUUUUACUAUGACAUAUAAAAAUACCACAUAGAAGUUUUUUAAUGACAAACACUAGGGCUUGAGGAAAAUAAUGUAAAUUUGUGGAAGUAAAAUUAUCCCCCAGCUUUAGAUAGACAUAAGCACACCUGGCCUCUGGCCUCUUUGCCACUCAUGACGCAGGGUCUGGGAAUCUAGAGUGUCUUCCCCCUGUAGAUCCAUCUGAGUGGCAAGAAGACAACCCUUUGGUCCUUGAGUUCUCAUCACAGUUUCAUAAAUAUAAGAACAGCAGAGCAGACAGUCCAAGGAGUGCUAGAUAUCCUUGUUUUGGGUGUGGGUAGGCAAGACUGUUUUUUGUUUUUUUAAUUUUUUUUUCUUUUUUGAAAGAAUUUGAACCUUUGGCUUGUAAAACUUCUUCCAGCUACACAUCAUUUUGAGAUAGUAAUUAAUACCCAUGAUUUGUUUUAAUAUUGAUUAUAACAUAAGUAACACUUAAAAGUGACCGUGUCUUCUCAUUCCAAAGAUGAUCAAGUCAGUAAUUUAGGACAGUAUUACUACUGCACUUGAUUUUAUAUUUUUAAAAGUAAAGCUAGCGACAAGUAUUAGCUGUCAGAAUAUAGUGGUAUUUAUAUACUGAAUUCUAAGCCAGCAUGAACAAAAGUACCAUGGUAAUGGCACAUAGGUCACCAAAUUUCAUGCACAGAUAGAAAAACCACUUGUGCUUUCUUUAUAAACUAUACAGUUUUCAAAAUAUUUGCCAUACUCUUAAAAUAUAAUCCUGUGCCUUUUGUGUGGCCAAUGUUUAAGAAUUCCACUAAAAAAAGAUACAGAUUCAUAGGAAAAAGAAUAACAAAGUUAAUAUUAAAGUCUAGAAAAAAAAAACAAACGCUUGAAAAAUAAAAGAUAUUUGUGUCCUUCAGGAUUUAUUAAACAGGAAAUGACUGACAAGGGCAAUACAAUCCAGUGUUCAUGUAGUACCAUUCAUGUUACUUACUGAAUUUGGUUUUCCUGUGUAAAUUGCAUACAGGUAAACAAAAUGCAAACCAUAUGUUGUCAGAGUUGAACCAUCCUCCUACAUUCACUUAAGGAAACUGUGGAAAAGAGUAAAAACUAGCUUUCAGCUUAAUAAAUAUAAUGUAUUUAACAGUGGCUACAGUAGGAUUCUAAAUAUUGCCAAUUGAAAAGCAGAAAAAUUACUGUUCCAAAGAGCUGGCAAUAAUUGACUCCAAUAGCAUUUUACAUAGUUGGAUCCCACACUUAUUUUUAAAACCCAGGCAAUAAAAAGUCAGUUUUCCUAAUUCAUUUUAAUCCUUCAUUUCUCUUACCUUUGUCUUGUCACAUAAGUAUUUCUUCGUUUCUCUUACCUUUGUCUUGUUACGUAAGUGUUUCAGCCACUGCACUGGUAAAAUUAUUUCAGUGUUAUUAUUUUUCGAUUUGAAAUGUCUAUGCAAAAUGAAUUGGUUUUACUUAUACUGUGAUGCAAUUGUUUGAGAAAGAUUUUUAAUCGUAAUUCAAUUAUAUACUUCAAAGGUGGAAUAUAAAAGUGAAUUAUUAUUCUCUACCAGUAAAAAAUAAUUAAGACAUUAGAUUCAUUGAAGAAGAGUAUAAUAAAUUGUUAAGAUUAAUUACAAUUAAUUACAAUAUAUGAGGGUGAUUAUGGCCAAUGGGAUCAAUCACCUCAUUACUUUGAAUUCUUCAGCUAACAAAUCAACUCUCCCACAUACUUCAUUGUAAAAUCACUUUUUACUGCCAAUUAUCAACUAAAAUAUUUUUACCUUGACACUGAGCACCAAUUGGUCAUAUUAAUUCCAUGUCAUGCAGAUGGCUGGUCAAGAUAAGAUAUAUCUAAAAAUAGGCAACUGAUCUUGGGAAACAUGACACAAAUAAUUGCCUGUGACAUCUGUUUAUUUUACAUUGAAUUUUCUUUGAAUGGAUAGAUGGGGACUCCAUUUCUAAGCAUAAUAGAUAAACAAAUAAAAUGAUCUUUGGCAUUUU